UUUGAAGAAAGAAGCUUUUUCUGGGGUGCUGGUGAGGUUCGUUUGUGGAUCUGGGUGCUGGGACACAGAUAUGUACCAUCAAUGGAACUCUUUGAGCCGUACAGUUACAGUUUGUAUGUUUUUCUGUAUAAAUGAUAUACUUUUAAAAAAAUCCCAAAAUAAUCAUGGAUCCCGCCCAAGCAGGGCUCCAGAAUCAGAAUGUCUGAGGGUGGGACCUGGGCACCUGGCAUUUUAAAAACCCUCUUCCAGGUUUUUCUUAAGAACAUUGGACUUUGAAAAUCUCUGCUCUAGUCAGGGUAUUGUAAGUAUCUUUCCGAUGCUCAAUAAUUCUUUGACACUCCCCUUAUAACAAAUAUCCCUUAGAAAAAGAAAUUGAUGAUUUCUUUGAAUCAUUUACCUUCUCCUCCUGGGAAAAUGCAUACCGCCUUUCAGGUGCUGAGAAAAAGAACUAAGAAAGCAAUGGCAGGUAGAAAUGUAUAGUUUUACAUUUUCUAUGUAAAAUAUUCUCAUGUGUGGCGAUAGAAUAAUGUAUCAAUAUUUAUCUGGAAGAAUCAAAAACAAUUUUAUUGAGGCCCUCUAAAAGUAUGGCAGGUGCUAGGACCUGGUGGCAUCAGGCAACUUCAGGUGGAGACGAGACUUCCCUUGGGGAGGCGUGGUGCUGUGGAGCAGGUCUGAAAAGCCAGUUCUCCCACACCUGAGCUACCUGCGCUCCACCCCCGCUCUCCCUAUACAGUCUCCCAGGUAUAGGAGAUAAAAGCUGCUGAAAUUUUUACACUUUUGCUUGUUGAAAGAAUGUUUCUUGCAAAGGCCUUAUUGGAAGGGGCCGAUCGAGGUCUUGGAGAAGCUCUUGGAGGUCUCAUGGGAGGAGGUGUCCAGAGAAGAGGAGGAGGAGGAAGCAUUGGCGGGAUCAUGGGGGGCAUUGUGAACCUGAUCAGCGAGGCUGCUGCCGCUCAGUAUACCCUGGAGCCGCCGCCGCCCACCCAGCAGCACUUCACCACCGUGGAAGCCUCGGAGAGCGAGGAGGUGAGGCGUUUUCGGCACCAGUUUGCGCAGCUGGCUGGACCCGACAUGGAGGUGGGUGCCACUGACCUGAUGAACAUUCUCAACAAAGUCCUUGCGAAGCACAAGUAUCUGAAGACCGCCAGAUUUAGCCUGGACACGUGCCGCAGCAUCGUAUCGGUCAUGGACAGCGACACCACGGGGAAGCUGGGCUUCGAGGAGUUCAAGUAUCUGUGGAACAACAUCAAGAGGUGGCAGUGCGUCUACCUGCAGUACGUCAGGGACGGUUCCGGGUCUCUGGGGAGGUCCCAGCUGCGGGAAGCUCUGCAGGCAGCAGGCUUCCAGCUGAACGAACAGCUUUACCAAAUGAUCGUCCGCCGGUACGUCGACGAGGACGGGGGCAUGGACUUCAACGACUUCAUCAGCUGCCUGGUCCGCCUGGACGCCAUGUUCCGUGCCUUCAAGUCCCUGGACAGAGAUGCAGAUGGCCUGAUUCAGGUGUCCAUCCAAGAAUGGCUGCAGCUGACCAUGUAUUCCUGAAGUGGGCAGAGAAGCCAGGAGGCUCCCUGAAGGACAGGACUGCUGAAGGUCCUGCCACUCUGUCCACGCUUGCUGUGACCCAGCCCAACAGCUGUCACUUCCGGACGAGCCCUCUUAGGAGCCCUGCACAUUUCUGAUAACGGGCUACCCUUAGCUCCUUAAUUAAAAUAGAUUUUUUUUUUUUUUUUUUAAUGAAAACUGCUCAGUGGUUUGUAUAUCAGCCCGGGAGAUAGCAGGUGUACGGAGAUGUAUGUAUGUAGUGGGGAGGUAGUCGGGGGAGUUCUAGUGGAGUAGAAUUUAAGGCGUGGUUGCUUAUUGGGCGAAUGAAUUCCAACCAUUUGGAACUUUGUCCUUGUUGUGACUGUUGUUAAUAAUGAAAUUCUUUUUAAUCCUGAAAUAAAUUAACAGAGCACUC